CCCCCCGGCCUCGCUGACUACCUGCGGCCGGAGUGCGGGAGUGGAGCGGCCGCCCGCUCACUCACUCAUGGAGACUGUGGAACUGUGCUCCGAUGAAGAGCGGGAGAUCAGGACGGACCAGUACGGUUUCCAGCAGCCGGCGGGCUCGGGCUCUGCGUCGCCCCGGGAGCAGGUGUCGGAUUAUGGGUCAGUGCUGAGGCGCCGGGCCAUCAAAUGGCGCAAAUUGCUGCAGAGCAGCCGGGUGGAGCGGAGCCUGAAAAUGAAACGAUACAUCAGAAAAGGUAUUCCAAAUGAAUAUCGUACUCUUAUUUGGAUGACUGUUAGUGGAGCUCAGGCACAGAUGGAGAAAAAUCCAGCUUACUAUAAGAAACUACUGGAAAUGGAGGAAGAUCCAAGACUGGUCGAUGCUGUUAAAACAGAUAUCAACAGAACAUUUCCUGAUAAUGUGCACUUUCGCAGGACUGCUAACCCCUCCUUACAGGAUGCACUUUUCAACAUUCUAGUGGCAUAUGGAAACCACAACAAAAUAAUUGGCUAUUGCCAGGGGAUGAAUUUCAUUGCUGGUUAUUUACUUAUAGUGACCAAGGAUGAAGAGAAGUCCUUCUGGUUGUUAGACACCCUGAUUGCAAAGAUAGUACCAGAUUUCUACACUCCAACAAUGAUCGGGCUAAAGACAGACCAAGAGGUUCUGUCCCAGCUGGUAAAGAUGAAGGUCCCUGCAGUGGCUGCAUUAAUGGAAAAGCACAGCGUGAUGUGGACCUUGGUUGUGGGGCGAUGGUUCAUUUGUUUGUUCAUUGACAUUCUUCCUGUCGAGACUGUUCUUCGGAUUUGGGACUGUCUGUUCUAUGAAGGAUCUAAAAUUACCUUUCGUGUGGCCUUGACCUUAAUAAAGUACCACCAGGCUUCCAUCUUAGAAGCAAACAAUUUCCCCGACGUCUGUGAGAAGUUCAAAGAGAUCACACGUGGGGCUCUGGCACAAGAUUGUCAUGUCUUUAUGCAGAAAAUAUUCACUGAACCUGGAAGGUUGCCCCUAGCAACAAUCACCAAGCUACGUGAGUGUAGCAGGGCUGAAAUAGAUGCUCAGACUUGAUGUGCUUGGCUCAGUUCUGGAACACUUAAUACCUCAGGACCUUGAAGACUUCCUACAUUCCUCAAUCAAAGAACUGGGCUGGAUUUUCCUGAUAGCUCCAUCUUUGACUUUGAGCUAAAUACAAGUUGUAUAUAUCACUUUCCGAAGAAUUGUCUGGCUCCUCUGCAAAUACUGUAAAUUCAGGUGGAUCAACAUGUACUACAGCAACAUUUGAUAUUGUUGCUUCAGAUUUAAAACAAGAUUACUAAAUGAAGAGCUGUUUGUACAUUCAGAUUGGUUUUGGUCAAUUCGCAAUCUUAUUAAUUAAUUUUUAUUUACUUUCAUUCAUCUGAAAAAUGAGCUGGAUUUUAAGUGAGCUGAAUUAGUUGAAAUCUCACCCUUAACUUUUAUCUAUUGUAUUGUUAAAUAGAAUUAUUUAAUUACUCAGCAAAUGGAGAAUUUCCACCAUGGUUGUUUGAUAUAAGUCGCAUUUGAUCAAGUGUUAUUAAAUUCUUGUGCCAGUACUGGACCUGCAGGAUAUCCAGGGUCUCAUUCAGUGAUGGACGGACUCCUGCUUUGCUUUUGCUUCAGUGACUCUCCAGUACAGGCUCCAGAUUCACAUCCAGUGAUGGGCAGACUCCUGCUCUGCUCUGGGUUCAGUGACGCUCCAAUCUCACACCCACUGAUGGACAGAUUCCUGUUCUGCUCUGGGUUCAGUGACACUCCAGUACAGGCUUCAGUCUCGCACCCAGCAAUGGACAGACUCCUGUUCUGCUGUGGGUUCUGUGACGCCCCAAUCUCGUACCCAGCGAUGGACAGACUCCUGCUCUGCUCUGGGUUCAGUGACACUGUGGUAUAGAUGAAGGCAUUGCUACUUCAGUUAUAAAUGAGUUGAGUGGCUUUGGGCUGUGCCUGACAUCUGCCAGCACCUCUAAUCGACAAAAAGCAAUAAUUGAAAGUUGGCACUUUUAUGAAUGUAGAGCUUGAUGUAGAGCUAUUGAUUGAUUUAUAAAAGUUUCCUCUCCACUGUAGUAUUUAUGAAAGUUUGUAACUAUUAUUUAUGAAUAAAGAUGUUUAAAUGUG